CAGACCAACUAGUUGACGAGCUUACCCAUCAUCCUCAGGUCGGCCGAUCCAAGCGGAGAGCGGUGUUUGUGAAGUCCUCUGCAUUUAACUUGUUAAAAUGUCGACUACACCCCACAGUAGGAAGAAAGUCUGCUAUUACUAUGACAGUGACAUUGGUAAUUAUUACUAUGGCCAAGGACAUCCCAUGAAGCCCCACAGGAUUCGCAUGACUCACAAUUUACUCCUCAACUAUGGACUCUACCGAAAAAUGGAAAUAUACCGUCCACAUAAAGCAACACAAGAUGAGAUGACCAAAUUUCACAGUGAUGACUACAUCCGAUUCAUAAGAUCCAUUCGACCUGACAACAUGAAUGAAUAUAACAAACAAAUGCAGAAAUUUAAUGUUGGAGAAGACUGUCCAGUGUUUGAUGGUUUAUAUGAAUUCUGCCAGCUUUCAUCUGGAGGCUCCAUUGCGGGAGCAGUUAAAUUGAACAAACAGGCAUGUGAUAUUGCUGUUAACUGGGCUGGAGGCCUUCAUCAUGCAAAGAAGAGUGAGGCUUCUGGAUUCUGUUAUGUCAAUGACAUUGUUUUGGCUAUCCUUGAGCUACUGAAGUAUCAUCAGCGAGUGCUGUAUAUUGAUAUUGACAUUCAUCAUGGUGAUGGGGUAGAGGAAGCAUUUUAUACAACUGAUCGUGUGAUGACAGUUUCAUUCCAUAAAUAUGGAGAGUACUUUCCUGGAACUGGAGACCUGAGGGACAUUGGUGCUGGUAAGGGCAAGUAUUAUGCAGUAAAUUUCCCAUUGAGAGAUGGUAUCGAUGAUGAGAGUUACGAAAGUAUAUUUGUCCCUAUCAUGACCAAGGUGAUGGAAACUUACCAACCAUCAGCCAUUGUCCUUCAAUGUGGUGCCGAUUCUCUUUCGGGAGAUCGCCUUGGAUGCUUCAAUCUCACCCUUAAAGGUCAUGCCAGGUGUGUUGAGUUUGUCAAGAAGUACAAUUUACCAUUACUCCUAAUGGGAGGUGGAGGCUACACUAUCCGCAAUGUGGCCAGAUGUUGGACAUAUGAAACUGCAGUUGCAUUGAGUACUGACAUUGCUAAUGAACUGCCAUACAAUGAUUAUUUUGAGUAUUUUGGACCAGAUUUCAAGCUACACAUCAGCCCAUCUAAUAUGUCAAAUCAGAACACACCUGAUUAUUUAGACAAGAUAAAAACAAGACUGUUUGAGAAUCUGAGAAUGCUGCCACAUGCCCCAGGUGUUCAAAGUAUAGCAAUUCCAGAGGAUGGAGUUGCAGAGGAAAGUGAAGAUGAAGAUAAAGCUAGUCCAGAUGAGCGAAUUUCCAUACGUGCUUCUGACAAGCGUAUUGCACCAGACAAUGAAUUUUCUGAUUCUGAAGAUGAAGGUGAUGGCCGUAGAGAUGAAAGGUCAUUCAAACCUAAAAAGAAAACUAAAACAGAUGAAGUAGUUGCCAACAAUGGAGCUGGUGAAGAUAAAAAGGAAAACAUUUUAGCAGCAUCUAAAGAUGAAAAGUCUGGUGCACCUGUUGGUCAGAAUGAGACAAAAGUUGAGUCUUGAGGCCGAGUGAGUAAUUAAGAAGUAAUUUUCUUAUUGAUUUUUUUUAUAUAUAUAAUAUAGAGGUUUGGAUGUAAAUAUACUUUUGUGGAAAAGUGAUGCUCAGAAACCUCAUUUGGUUGAGUAAAUCAUUCCUAAUGUGCUGCACAUCACAUGGACUGCAUAUUACAUUAUUUGGUUGAGUAAGGCCAUUCCUGGUGGACUUCAUAUUGGGCACCAUUUUUAUAUCAAAGGCUGUGUAUGUGGGUGUUGUGGAAGAUGUUAAAAUAGGGAAUGCUUUUCUGAUGAGAAAUUUAUAAUUGUAAUAUCAGUAAUAUUGGAAAAACAAAAGUAGAACUGCAGGAAAGUAAUUUAUUAUAUGUAAUGGAGAACUAAAGUUUUUGCAGUAUAUCCGGGCCUUUACUAUUUUAACUAUGUUGUAUGGCUGAUACAAAUGUGUGGCAUUUGUAUAGAAAUUGGUUAGGUGUUACACCUAGUCGUAAUGUUUCAAAAAAAGUUAAUUUUUUUUUAUAAAGUUGUGUUAGCUGAGAAAGUUAUUAGUGUAUUGUUUGGCCUUUUGUGUAAUCGGUUGUUUAUGAAUACAUGGAAUUUGACUUUCUAGUGUCCCACUUAUUCCUGAUCAUCUUUGAAAGUGGACUUGGAAGUGCUUGUCUGUUCCAUGUUCUCUGUUUUUGUUUCCUAACAACCAAAAUUAUUUGAGAAGUAAAAAAAAAAGCAUGUUUGUUAUACAGUAUAUACUAUACUAUAUGUCAGAUUCUUCGACAUUAUUGUUAUAAUAAGUGUUAUUGAAAACAAGAAUGAAUAGCUAUGAUGUUAACCUAAAUUUUUAAGGGUAAUUAAUGCACAUUUCAUAGAAUAGCCUAAAGUUUUGCAGUUGUAUAGAGAAUAGGUUGAAAUAGUUUUUGUAUUAACUCAAGGGGGGGGAAAAGAUUUAUCAUUAUACGGUGUAACUGAAAAUCAGAAUGCCAUUUACCAUUUUUGGGUGGUUUGUUAUUGUACUCACUUGAGAAUUUAGGAGGCAAGAGAGUUCUGAUCCAACUUGCAUCUCAUGAUGGCUUGAUGCCAUUUGUACAAGAGACUAACAUCCUUUCAUUAUUAUUCACACUCCUGUUACCCACAGCCAUGAACUCUGUACCUCAUCCUCCAUAAUCGAUUGUAUUGCCACAAAAAAUGGCUAUCUUUGGUAUCUUGGUAGUUUAGGUAGAGUUGGAAAUUAUAAGAUGAUGGGUUUUGUUUGGAAUAAAUCAUCUCUCUUUAUUUAAAUAUUUAAUGUAAAGAUUUAGUUUACUUCAUAGGAAGUAGCUGUUCUAGAGUGUAAUGGAGUAUUUUAAGUAUUGAUAUUUUAAGUAGAAACCAUUCAUUUUGUCACGAUCAUCAUCAUCACAUCACUAGUUGAGAUGGAAAAAUACUUGGUGUCCCUUGUGUUUUAUCCACGACUGCCAGACGUUUCGCCAUCAUAAGUUUGCUUCCUGCAUGGCACUCGGUUUACCUGUGAGAGUUACCAAAUAGCCUAUAAACUUAUAAUUUUAAGUGCAGUUGGCUAGUGAUUUUACAAAUGUGGACAUUCAGGAUAGAUGUUUAAAAUUUUCUGAUUUUGCAGAUAUGGUUGUCAAGGUAUAUUUUCAUGUUAAGCUAUUUCCUUUCAAACAUUUUCAUUACAUAUUUCCUUACAAACAUUUUCAUUACAGACACCAGAAAAUUGUAUUGCAUAUCACGUGUUAUCAUUAGCAUUUUAAAUUGCUUUAACAUAUUUUGGUAGUGAGUGUUGUUUUUAAAAGAGGUUUUGCUUACGAAAGUACAGUAUCCAGUUCAAUGUAUUUUAUAUUUUUACAGUUCAUUGCAACUGGGAAAAUGACAUUUUAUAUUUGGGCUUUAUUUUGAAUGGGAAAAAUGACUAUUAGAUUUAAACUUUACAGUUUUUACUUAAAGGAUAAAACUUUCUCCACCAUUGGUUUUUCAGUAUGUUUAAAGAUAUUUUAUAGUGAUUGGGUAUUUGUAGAUCAAAUACUAUAAAAAGUAGUAAUAAGCUUUUGGACUGUAUGGGAUUUCCUUUGUCAGCAGAGGCAUAAAUGUUAAUUCAGUGGUCAGAAAAUUAAUCCUAUAUUUAUUGAAUAGGUCUUAAUUUCCAAGGCUUCUUUAUAGCUCCCAUGUACUAUUGAAAAUUGAUGAAUUGUCCUAGGAAAAUGAUAUUUUAGGUACUUUUGAUUUUUAGUGGUUACAUUAAAAGUAAAAUCUGAAUCUUAUAGGACAUUUGUUUAUGAGUUUGUUUAUGAAUUGGGUCAAUAUUUAUUGUUUUUCAACUUUUCCUUUCAAUUAGGAGCCAGAUAAUUGAUGUUUGAUGAAAAGCUGAAGCUUAUGUUGAUUUUUGCUUGUCAGUAUUUUGUAUUAAGGUAUUUAUUUGAGGAGUAGUGAUUUAGUUGGUAAAAGUCUUUUCCAAAGUCAUGUCCUUUAACAUGAUGAGUAUUGUCUUGUUCUUUGAAAUGCAGCAAGGGUACUAAUUUGAAUAGAUUAACCAUGUUUUAGCUGCACAAAGCUUAACCAACUGUACACUAUUACUUAGCUGUAAGGUGAAUCAUUGUUAAUAUUCUCAGUUUUCAUCAUCGUCAUAUUUCACAGGGUCAUAGUCUGAGGAAAUACCAGCAGGGUAGGAAUUUCAUUAAUAACUUUGCUUUAUGAAUUAUUUCAUUUGUAACUGUAUUUAUCAAUGUUCAGACCUUAAGUUGACCCCCCACCCCCAUCCGUGGAUAAGGAAAAUAACAUAAAAACCUAAUUUCAUGUUUCAAGCAGAAUGUUUUUGGUAGUCAAGUGGGAAAUAAAGAAAUUAAAUGCUUGGUAUUUUGUAUAAGUUGUGUAAGUAAUUCAUUGUAAACAAAUCGGCUAAUUCAAAAGUUAUCCAAGGAUAUAAAUGCAUUUUUUGUGCAACCUGAACAUGCUCACUCAUUCUGUGGCCCUCCCCAAUGAUAUGUAUAAUGAUCAAAGUAUUGAAAUAAAAUGUGAUGGUAUAGCAUUUGAUUCAUGCUAUUCUGAUAUUACAGGGAUAUUCAUCACAUUAUCAUAAUUAGAAAUCGAAGGUAAUUAUUGUUUAUUAUUGGUCUUCGAGUGUAAUAAGCAAUAGACGUCAUUGAGUUAAUCAUCCCAUUCUUGCUCAGAAAGUCUUGUUUCCUCAGCUCACCAGUUUAUCAGAAACAAAGCUGUAAAUAGAGAAGACCUAUUUUUGCUAAUUUACAUACCAACCAUUUCAUAAUUAUAGAAAUAUAAGGAAUUACAUUUUUCAUUUUUUAAUACACUGCCAUAUUUCUACAUAGUGUCAUGCACUAUUCAUGAAGGGUUAUGUAAAUAUUUUUUCCAUAAAUUCAUGUGUUUGCAUGAAGUGUAUUUUUUCGAUUGUAUGACCAUAGAUUUUUGUGUAUAAACUUUGUGAUUCUAUGUAGUUUAUAAGUUUUCUGCCGAUAAUAAACGUCUUUUAUA